AUGAGCGUGAAAUUGUUUAAGAAUCAACUCACGGGAAUCAUGUACAGGAGACUGCUUGUAUAUUGGAACUCCAAGUUUUCUUUCUUGAUCAAUUUUAUUUUUUCAUUAUUUGUUGCUGGCCUCUUUGGAAUUAUUGCAACAUUGGUUCAUGGGAUCGUAAAACCUCGUGGCGCACAAGGAUUGGAAUUUACCAAUUUUGAUCCAAAUAAUUUAACAUUUGGAAGAAUAUCUAUUAAAAAUUGCACAAAAUGCGACGAGAUUCAAAACAGAUUAUCAGAAAAGUUUUCUUAUUUCAUCAAAAAGAGACUUAAUACUGAUUUACAAUAUAUUGAUUUUGAUAAUUUUGAAGAUUUUAAUGAUUAUCAAUACGAGAGGGUAUUAGAUCCAAGAAAGUUAUCUAAUAUACCAUUAGCAUUCCAAGUUUAUGAAAAUUCAUCAAUAAUUAAAGAAAAUGGUGUUCCAGAAGGAGAAUUAAAUCUUAGAUUUCUUCACAACUUAACGUAUUCUGACACAGCUUUGAAACUGUUUAAUAGAGCAUUACUUGAAAUUUUGUUUGAUGAAUUGGGAGAAAAAGGAGAUGUUGAUGUUUCAUUAACUGUCCAUGAUGAAAGACAGUUUGUUUUAGAUACUAAUAUUGAAUCAACAUAUGAAUUGAUCGUGCCUUAUUUCAUGCCAUUUGCCUUAGUAAUAAUUGCAGCCAAUUUUAUGCAUAAAACAAUUCAAGAUAUCAAAACACCUGUUCGACCUUACAUGAUAUCAUGUGGACUCUCAAGAUUUACUUAUUGGACAGGAAUCGUUAUUGUUGAUUUAAUAAUCAUGACAAUCUUUUCAACUUAUGUUUUUGUUAUUUAUUAUUCGAUAGGAAUAUUAUCUUUCAAGAUGUUUGUAGCCAAAACACUAUUCUUUAAUUGGUUCUGCUCGAUUUUACCUCUCUUCUAUACAUAUUUUUGGUCAUUUCUUAUCAAAGGAACUGCAGGUGCAAUUGUUUUUGUUAUUUCAAACUUGUCAAUUCUUAUGACAAUCUUAAUUACUUCAUUCUCAUUUAGAGAAAGUCAAUACCCAGCAGUUUAUUCAAUAUUAACAUUGAUUUGUCCUUUCGGAAACUGGUUUGGAGUUUUUUGGAGGAUUUCGAAAACAUUUUCGUUGUAUUAUCCAGAUUUACCAAAGAAUAUUGAUUUCUUCAAACAAGGAAAAUAUGUUUUGAAUAUAAUGUAUGCAUCUGUGUUUGUUUACCCAUUGAUCAUUUGGCUUGUUGAAUUUUUGGUGAAGGUAAUCAGUCAUAAGAUAUCAAAAAUGUCAUUUGAAUCACAUAUCGAUGAUUUUCGUGCGAUAAAAGAAAAUCUCCAAAUCACUGAAGAAUCCAUUCAAAUGGAAAACAAUGUGAGAGAUCAACCUAAUGAUUAUGCAAUAAGAAUAUUCAAUGUUUCUAAAAUAUUCAAAUAUACAAAAGGUCAGCCAAUUUGCGCUGUUAAUCAAGUGUCAUUAGGCAUUAAGGACAAAUCAAUUUUCGGUUUCUUGGGAUCAAAUGGUGCUGGAAAGACAACAUUGAUGAAAAUGAUACUUAAAGAAAUUCCUAUUUCAAGUGGUACUAUCGAGAUCAACGGCCAAAAUGUUGAGACAUCUAAAAUUACAAAUGUUGCAGUUUGUCCCCAAUUUGAUGAUCAUUUGACAGAACAAUUAACUGGACGUCAGAACAUGAAAUUCUUCUGCUAUUUGUUUAAUAAGAGUGGAAAGGAAGCUAAUGAAUUGAUAAACAGAAUAAUUGAAGUUAUGGAUUAUUCUCAACAUGUCGACAAAAAGAUUAAAGAUAUGUCAGGAGGAAAUAGAAGAAAAUGUGCAGCAUCAAUUCCAUUCUUAUCAGAUUAUAAAACUAUUUUAUUAGAUGAACCAACAUCUUCUUUGGAUCCAAUUGCAAGACAUCAUAUGCAUGAGUUGAUCAACCAGUACAAAGGCGAAAGAACUUUCAUGUUAUGCACACAUUUGUUGGAUGAAGCGGAAAGCUUGUGUGAUAACAUUUCAAUUAUGUCUAGUGGCUGUAUAUUUACAGUUGGAACACCACAAUACUUGUCAAACAAGUUCGGAACUGAAUGA